GUACGAGAAUUAGGAAAACUAGACAAGAGUUGUCACCCUUGUUAAGGACAGGCAACGAAGGUGAAAAAUGCCAAUUUUGAGCACAUUACGGACCACAGCUUCGGCUGGGGUUCGUUUUGCUCAGGCAUUAGUACAGAAAAGUCAGCAGACUAAAGUUCCAGUGAGGUAUAUGGGUGGUAAUAAAAUGGUAGUAAGACCAUCCAGGUUUCAAUCCCAGCAGCUCAAAGAUGAUGUGUUUUACUUUCUUAGCCUUGGGAUAGUACCUCUUGGAUUGAUUGUAUUGUACACUAACGUAAGGAUAGGUCCAGCAGAAUUGGUUGAUACGCCGGAGGGAUAUGUACCUGAAAAACAUGAGUAUUAUAAACUGCCUAUAACUAGAUAUAUCAGCAAGUAUUUGUCCUUCAACAGCAUAGAAAAGUACCAUGAAAGAUCAUUAUAUUACUUGUAUAAAGCUGAUAUGAAAAGAAAAGCCAAACUUGAGCAAAAAAAGGUGCGGCAGCUUCAAAAAAGUCAAGUUGAUCAGAAAGGCUGGUAUUAUGUUCCAAUACAAGGGACUUUAGAGCAAAGAGAGCAGUCUUAUGAAAGCUUCAAACCUAAUAAAAAAGUCUGAGUAAAGCACUUGGAUCAAUGAUUUUGAGAAUUUUUAUUGAUAUACAAAUGUAUAGACAAGGUUAGAAAGAUUUUAGGUCUGGAUUUUCUGUGGAACAUUGUGAAGAAAAUGGAUAUAUCUUAAUAUUAGGUAAAGAGAAACUUACAUGGAAUUUGUAUGUUUAUUAAAGUGAUUGGAAAUGUU